UCUCAUCCUGGCAUGAGUACAUAAAUACCACGCUGGGAAAACACUCAUUUCUUCGAAUCUUUGAAAGCCCAUUAUCAUUUAAACAUGUCACAGGAUAGCAUAAUGCUCACGGGCAAAGUAGCCAUUAUAACCGGCUCUGGCAGAGAGAAUGGAAUGGGCUCUGGGAUUGCCCUUGCUCUUGCUCGGGCUGGCGCUAGCGUGGUAAUAAACUAUGUCUCUGAUUCUACCACCACACGCGCUGCAGAGGUUGCAUCUGGCAUUGAAUCCGAGGUAGGAGAGGGUAGGGUUGCUGUGGUCAGAGCGGACAUAUCAACCACUGAAGGCGUCGAGCAUCUUGUGAAACAAACCCUUCAAAGUUUUGGGGUUGACCAUAUUGACAUUAUCAUCAAUAAUGCGGUCUAUUAUGAGCCGGGAAGACUGUUUGGAAAUCCUCCUGAAGAGCUCACAAAAGUAUUCCAAGUGAUCGUCGUUGGCCCCUUGCUUCUCCUUCAGGCGGCCUAUCAACACAUGUCGCAGCAUGGGCGAAUCAUCAAUAUUGGAAGUGUCGCAUCGAAAAUAGGAUUCUACCAGAAGCCUAUUUAUGCAGCUGCUAAAGCAGCCAUGGACCAAUUGACAUUUUCGCUAGCCAGAGAGAUUGGCCGCGAGGGGAAAGGCAUUACUAUCAACACCAUUGCCCCGGGUCUUGUCGCUACGCACAAGUCAGAGCCUGUGCCAGGAUAUGAAAAAAUCAAGAACCAUCUUCUCGACAUGACCAGGGUUGAAGAUAGGGUUGGCACUAUGGAGGAUGUGACGGAGGCCGUGCUUUUCCUAGCUAGUGAAAAGAGUCGAUGGAUUACUGGGCAAUAUAUCUCAGUCAGUGGUGGAAUAACGGGUGGUUGAAAUGACUGUGUACUUCCCAAAGUAGGCAAAUGAUGCGACAGAGCCUAGGGAUUGCUACUUGCAAAAACCAUGGGUUCUAAAGAUUUAUAAUACACAUAUCUGUCUGACAUACUACCCCAUGGAGACAAAAAGCCAUUGUGAUAGCACAGGAAAUGGCUUAGAGUUACUAUUUUCAGCCUGGUGGCAUCCAAAUGAUUGAUGCAUCCGGGGCAUUGUCGUGGCGAUCCACGAGGCGGCUACGGC